AUUGUACGAAAGUAGCCGAGUGCAGCAGGAGGGUGUGCUGAAGUAAGGAGGUGACCAGAAGUUCCUGCUGAUCCUCAGCGUUGUGCGCAGGAGUUCAUACUCCUCUUUGUUGUGGUCCCCCUUGACCUAGAACCUGGUCUUCACAUGUGACUCUCUGACCAAUCUGUCUGGGUGACAGGUGACCUCCCCCUCCUAGCUUAACAUUUAUGAGCAACUUCGUAAUGUUGGUGACAAAAUGCGGUAAAGGUUAAGCGGUUUUUUGCCCCCUUUAUUCCCCAAAAGACCCUCCCCUACAAGGUACCAUGUAUAAAUGAUGUGAGUGAAUUUGCAUGUACAGAGUGACGACAUGGAGCCUGAAGCAGAGGUGGAGCAGGACACUAGACCUUCUGACGGCUAUAAAUUCAGUUGCUUUCUAAUCGCAGCCUAAUGGAACUGCCUUUUCUUCCCAUACCUCCCCAUGCAGGGGCGCUGUAAAGGGGGGUAAACGAUGACGAUUCUCGGGGCCCAUGACUGAGAGGGGGCCCAGAGAAGCCCCCAAUAAACUGUGUUGGGGGGCCCUGUCAAGAUUCUUUUCAUGGGGCCCAAAAUCCUUAGCAGCGCCCCUGUCCCCAUGAUCAUAAAUUGCUGACACUGCAUUCAAAUGACCGACCAAGGACCCUGGCAUAUCUUUACUACUUUUCCUUACACCAGGUUUGAGUGUCAGCGGUAUUGGAGCAGGAGCUACACAAAGACUGCUAACAAAGAAAGAGCCGAAUAAGUCUCUCGAAAGGCCGGAAGUGCAGUGGCCCGUGUAAAGAGGAAUUGGGCUGUAACAGGAAUUAAUAGGACAGACAGGUCUUGAGGUGUUUCUUGAAGCUGGAGAGAAUCUGAUGCAUGUGACGAGGACAGAAACUCUGGGACAAGAGCUGUGUAUCCAGCGUUUACGUACAACUAACUUUGACAGGCUGCAGCAACCAUCUAUGCCCAGUAGAGGGAGGAGUUGGUUUCACGAUGUGGCUCUUUUACCAUCUAUUAUAAUAAGCAUGUUUCCGUGAAAGCUGUUCCAGAAACACUGCUAAGGGUUUGCUGUAACAUCCGAGUCUAGUCUACCAAUGUAAUGCACUUAAGUGUAAAUGCUUUUUUUUUUUUUUUUUUUGCACAGGCAAAUAAUCGCGUGGCAUCUGGUCCACGAUAAAUACGCCAUCACGCGUAAAACGCAUCGCAUUACACGGAUCAAUUGCUGGCCAUACGACGAGGUGAGGUGCCGCUUUUCCUGCCAUGUGCCGCCGCUGUUGGCGUGACUGCGCGGACUCUGCCUGCCGCCUUAUUGAUUGGAGCCAGGUCCUGCCGGCGUUUUUAAUGAUCCUCUCCCUCAUCCUACCUCUGUCUCUUGGCACCUUCGGCUCGAACUGAUGCUCUUCACGUCUGUCAGAGUGGCGUAAGUUUUUUCCCAUUCAUUACUACUCAGUAAAUAAAUUAUCGGUUUAUUUUACCUUAAUAAUUGUAGUCAUGGAUUAAGGAAGAUGCUUUGAUAUAAAGUCAAUUUUAUAAUCUGGCUGCCUUGGAAUCUCUGCUAGCAGAUUGGGGACCGCAUUGCUGUCGUCAUCCCUGACAGGAUUCGCAUCCUAAAUUCAUGCGGAGGACGGAGUGAAUGCUCCCCCACUAUUCCCAUUAUACCUCGUUUAAUCUGUCCUGUAAAUAAGAACAUACUGCUUUUACUCUCCCCCAAAGACGCGCGUGUAAAGCUGCGUCCGAACCUCCAUCCAUCCACGCUCGCCAGAAUGAGCGGCUAGGAACCUUCGCAAAGGCACACAGUUCCUGGGCGUAGCUGUAGUGUGGAUUUGAAGUGAUUUUAUUCAUCUUGUUGCUAAUGGGCCCCAUGACCGAACCAGCAUAAGCCUUGGAUUCGUUUUUUCAUAUGCAAAUUUUAAUGAAGUUACAAAAAGCACCAUAAGAUUUAUUUCCAAUACAACAAUGAAGUGUUUACAUUAAUAUUUGCUCUGUGUUGGGUAAGACUAACACAAUAAAGCAUUUGGUCAAUGCACUUUUAAAUGUCAUCAGUUGUGCUUGUUUCAUAGUCCAAUUUUCAUGAAGACUGAUAUAAUUGGUAAUCGUCCAAUUUAAAAUCUAAAAUAUUUACUAGGUUAGGAAAGUCCUGGCAAGUGAUUAUGGUCCAUUGUAUGUAUCUAAAGCAAUUCAAAGGUCAGAAUAUUGUUGCUGAAAUGAGAACAUUUAUUCUGGGGAAAAGUGGUUCCCAAAGUAGUCUGAUUUGACUAGAUUUUAACUUUCAAGUUAUCCAUGUAAGCAAAAUACAAACCGCUGAAAUGCAACAAAAACAGUCGUAUAAUCCUGACAGAGUUGUGUAGUCGAUGCAGCAAUUCAAAGGAAAAUAGAAACCUGCAUUAGUUCAAGGAAAAUUACACGUAAGCUGUGUGAUGCAAUAACAGACAUUUAUCUUUUAUUGUAGUGACUGUUUGCUGGUACCUCUUAUCUUAAACCUAUACCGCUAUCAUAUCUCGGACGGUAAUGGUUUUAUUGUAAACAUUAGCAUGUGAGCUGCUAUUGGUGUGCAGCACUGAGAGAUGGAUGUCUUCAUCACCAUUCAGAAAGCCUACUACCCCCUCCUGUGUACUUUGGGAAUUCCAGCCAACCUCUUCACUUUCUACAUGGUCUGUUUCCGUAAAUGUGGGAUGUCGGUGACAGCUGUCAUUUACAUGGGCUCCCUCACCAUAAUGGAUACCUUAUAUGUCCUCUGGGUGAUCCUUUUAGACCUCACCCUGACCUUCCUGCAGCAGAAGCCUUUUUGGCACUCGCACCCCUGGUGCAGCAUCCUGACCUUCCUGCAGUUCGGCUCACUCUACAGCUCCUCCUGGAUCGUGGUGGCCUUCACCAUUGAGCGCUACUUGGUGCUGAGCUCCACCUAUGCCAGUAGGUGGCGCCAGAGUCGCGCCACAGCUGUGCUCACCUGUAUGACCAUUGUCCUGCUUUCCCACCUGGCUUCCAUUCCCAUGUGCUGGAUCAACGCUGUUGUGAGCAUCAACAUCACUAUGCCAGACGGGGUAAACAUCUCCAGCCCCCGGUGCCUCUACAUGGAGGGUCCCUACUCCACGACAGUGGUCUGGGUCACCACCUUCCUCUCCAGUGGGCUGCCCAUCGUUCUCGUCGUUCUCUUCAAUUCGCUCAUCGUCAGCCACGUGGUGCAGGCCCACCGCCUCUUCACGAAGGAGGAGCUUCGAGCCAUGAAGGUUUCCGGGAGAAAUUCCGCAGGUGGAGUUCAGAGGAGCGUCUUGCUCCUGGGAACAGUGUCCGCAGCGUUUGUGGCAUUUAGCGUGCCCCGAUUCGUCACCUACUGUCUCCUCCGCACAGUGUACAACCGCGAGGACUUCAAUCGCGAUGAUUAUGGGCUGCCCAUCAACGUGGCCAGCGACCUGGCCAACAUGCUGCAAAACCUCAGUUCCACCACCAACUUCGUUCUCUACUGCGUGGUCAGCAGGCAGUUCCGCCAGGAGGUGGCGCACCUGCUUAGCUGUGGUGCCCGGAUCAGGCAGGUGGGUUCCGUUUUCACACAGAGCACCAUGAAGGUCUUCUCUGUGGCGGACCACAGGACCCCCACGAGCAGAGAUCCUGUAAACGUUGUUCUCACUAAACUCCCAAAGCUGACUGAGUUUGGCUGAUGUGCUACUGGAGGAUAAUGUAUCUCUAGCUCUUAGAAAAAGGAUCUAAUCUAGUUGCCUAGAUGUACUGAAGAUGAAUAAUGGAUGUCUAUAAGUUUCACUGUAUGCGCCGGUCCAUUCGUAUUUGUCGUAUGGGUCUUUAAUAAAAAUACUACUGAUAAGUCACCGUACAGACGCAAACUAAAAGGUUCAGAACUUGGAGCUUUGGUUGACCAUAAAAUGAUCGAAUCUUCUGUAAAAUGUCUGUCUCGUUUUCCUGGUUCCUUGUAAGUGCUUAGGCUCUACCUGUAAAGUAAAUGCAGGAAGCCACUUCAUUUCCACUCAGGUUACAACACGGCAGUGUGAGGCUCUAUGUACCUGUACCAAUGGCAAUGAAAGUAUCUUUAUUAGGGACUGACAUCUUUUGUAAAGCUUAAAGGAUUGAUUUUAAUAAAUUGUUACCGAAUUCUGGAA